AUGCAGCUCGUAGUUUUCGCCGUGGCGCUUAUUCUACCAUCUUUUCUAAGCGGGGAAACCUUCUCUCGUACCACCGAAAUGUCUGACGAAUGCGGGAUCUAUAUUUUAGAAGGCGGAGACCGUGAAUGCUAUAAGCACGAAUCUGGUUACCGUGACUUUGAUGAAUAUACAUGCACUUUGACAUGCACAGAUGGAGAAAAGACGAAGUUGCCAUUCAAUGUUUGCUCGCCUGGUGAAAUGAGCUGCACUCCAGAUGUGGCGAAAAAGCUUAAAGAUUGGGUAUUUAGUAUGUGA